CUCUCCCCGGGCACCUCCAACCACCAAGAGCGCACGUUCUUCGCAUUACGUACUCUCAUUCUCCCUCUCUCUCUGUUCGAUUCUGUCGUUUUUUCAAGGAAAUGAGUUGGUCAUCAAGUGAUAAUUUUUAUGUGAACGCAAGGUUAGAGGUCUUCUCAGUUGACCUUCUUUCUGAACCAUUAGAAUUGACGCGGAGCACAGGUGUCGUCUAUGAUGGGCCGAAGGGUGAUGAUUUCUUGAGGUUCUUGCGCUCUAAGAACUUUCGAGUAAACCGUCAGGGAAAGGCUAUUGUAUACGUCCAAAAGCGCAACGGUGAUGGUGAAUUUCUUGAAUGUCUAUAUGAUACCUUCAUUCUAGAAACGGUGGUACCAUUGGGCCCUUUCGGUUUUCAAAACGUACCAUUGCCGAAGCCGCAAGAGGUGAUAGAAUUGCAAAGCCUCCUGGACAGUACCAAGUCUGAAUUGGCAAAGAAGAAUGAUGUGAUUAAGGAAUUGGAAAGCAACCUGGGCAAUAACAAGGCUGAACUGGCAAAGAAGAAUUAUGCACUUAAUGAAUUGCAAAGCCUUCUGGACAAUACCAAGGCUGAAUUGGCGAAGAAGAAUGAUGCACUUAACGAAUUAGCGAAACAAAAGAUUGAUCAAGACUGGACUCAGGAACAAUUCCGACUAACUAUGGUUGCGAUCACAAACUCAAUGAAGAGAGUAUUCAUUGGCUUUGGCCUUGAACCACCAGCCAGUGGAGGUCCAGAAUCUGUGCUGAGGUUUCUUGAGAUGUUAUGUGAUCUGAUCCUUCACAAAGAAUGUGGCGCAACUUUCUUAGUAGCCGCAAACGAGAUUCUAGCCUCGAUGGCUAAUAUAUUUGAGAAACGCACUGGCUUAAGCAUUGGCAUGGAAACAACGAAUAGUACUCCGAUGACUCCAGCUUGUCUCAUUAAGAGUCUAAGUACCUUAAGAGUCUUUAUGGUGGAUGCCCACUUCUUUAUCGAUGGCAAUGUUAUAGUGAGGGAUUUACAUCUGAUGAAUGAGGAAGACCUCCCAGUUAUCUUUCGUGAUUCUAAAGCAGAUGUGGCAGAGCUCAAGCAGAAUAAGGAGAUGGGUACGAAAUCAAUCGAUAACAUCAACAAAAAAUCCAUCUUCUAUGGGUAUUUCAACAUUCCAACUAUUGGGAUAUUCAAAGGUGUUUUGACAAGAGUUCAUGUGAACCUGCCGGAUGAGAUCAUGGUUAAACUUAGGGCAGGCGGGAAACAUACUCUUAAUGAUAAUAGGUUUUGGUUUGUCUAUGCCAAUGGGGCUGGUAUAUUUGAAUCGACAGACAAUCUAGAAAUUGUCAAAUUCGCCCCUUCUCGGGUCUUAGGUGACCGCACCAACUUCUUAGAGUUUUUUCUUAGGAUGAAUCGAACUUUCGUUAACGAGAAGGGGACAUAUCUUAAGUUUGACUUCAUUGCCUCCAACCCUUCAAUACUGCGUGACUGGCCUGACAAUACAGUUCGCUAUUAUGAUAAGGAUUUUAUAAUGCAUAAUCCUUUUAAGUUGGUGCAAUUUGAUGUGAAUGAAUGUCCAACAGAUACCCUACAACAAGAAGUUUCAUUCCCUGGUGCAAGCAAAGCUACAAGUGGGAAAUAUGCCACUUGGAUUGUAAAUGAAGCUCUGGGAAACAACUGUGCAUUCCAAUUCAAGAAUUUCUGUUUUAUUGGAAAAAUAACAAAAGAAGCCUCCGGUAUUUUCCGCAAGAAUGCUCUGGUCAGCGUCUUCUUCGAACAAAACCAACAUGGGGAGAACUGUUAUGUGGAUGCUCUAGCAACAACUUUCUUUGUUUUAAAAACAGAGCAAUUAAAUUCGUGGAUCAAUGAUAGAAAGAAGUCUGUCGAAUUUAUUUAACAGGGCCAAGUGUUUAUUUUAAUUUGUUGAAGCUUUGUUAUAUAAUAUGGGUAAACUUUGAGGCUAGCCUCAAUUGACUGAUCGCACUAUUGUAUUGUCUCUUACUAAAUCUGGACUUCCUAGCU